AUGCUGCUCUAUGGAAUAUCCGUUGCAUCCAUCAUAGGAACCCUCAAAAUCGAUCUUCCAGGUGCAGGAGCAUUGUGUUGUCUAAUCUGCGCACUCUGCUGUUCCUACGGUUGGCAACAUGGAAUGCCCUGGAGAUUCAAGAACAGCAAUCCAGAAGCAGUGGGUCUUACUCGUGAUUCGCACAAUGCCGAUCAUAAUUAUUCCGGCAAAGAUAGUGUGGACUUUGACGCUGAAUACAGCGAGCGAAAGAGAAAGCAAGAUUCGGGAGAAAGCGAAGAAAUAUCUCAGUUUGGACCUGCGACAAUGCAUCAUGAAUAUUACAGACAACACCUUAGAAUGCUGAGAAAGUUGUUAAAGAAGAGUGGCGGAGUGGCUGGAAGCAAAAAUGCCCUGGCGACGGUGUCUAGAGGUUCCCGAAGAUUUUCCCUUCCUGAACCGAAGCCUGAUUAUGAAGAGGAGGAAUUCGAUGAAAUGAUGGACAAAAAACGUCGCACAAACCUAACCCGAUCUCUCUCGGCUUCGCGACCACCUCAUUCGAGAUCGCCUCGUAAUCGCACAACUAGUGACAGCUUCCAAACAGAUCUCAACGUUGAUGUUGUGAAUGAAGAUAGUUCCAAUGUGUAUGCAACAACCUCUAAUGCCCCCUCAAAGUCUAGGGGAGCUAGAAGGAGGUUUAGAACAACAUCCGAGGAACAAGCAUAUGCUGAGAAAGUGGAACGAUUUGAGUUGGCUAAAGCCAAAGGCCAUGAAUGUUUAAAGGUUAUGCGCAAUUUCGUAUCUACAUGCUGGUGGUUUGUACAACCACUUCUGUUCUGCCUAAUAGGCGCCGAUAUUCCUGUCGAAAAAUUAAAGACCGAUGUAAUUCUUAAAGGCAUAGCUUCCAUAUUAAUUGCCGUUUUCUUUCGAUUGUUGGGUUCAUUUUUGGCUGUGCUGCCAUCGAAGAUGAAUAUGAAGGAAAGGCUCUUUGUGGCUAUUGCCUGGAUUCCUAAAGCCACUGUUCAAGCCGCCAUUGGACCCCUGGCUUUAGAUGCGGCACGCAAGUUCGGUGAUCCUGACCAGAUUCGAUGGGGUGAAGAAAUUAUUACCCUUGCUGCACUCUCAAUUAUCAUAACCGCUCCUACUGCGGCCUUUCUCAUACCACUUGUCGCUCCAUACUUGUUGAAGCAAAGUGUUCCAGAUCCUUCGACGCCCAGACCCCGUUCGGACUCUCCCAAUGACAACUAUCCCAUGAACGAAAUUCGAACUCAAAACGCCAUUGUCAGUGACAAGAAAACAACAAAGGAAGUGGAACACAAUGAUGAAGUUUUUCGCCAGACACCCAAUCCAGAAAACGCCGUUGUUUCAGCCACUCAAGAAACAGUACUCUGA